GUUAAAAAAAAGAAAAAAACUAUUUCGUGCUAGUAAAAUGAAUUAUUUGUUGUUGUCAUUUGUCCGAUGUAAAGAAAAAAAAAACAGUUAGGUGCGGUUGAUACGCUCUUCUCAACUUCCUCCAUCUACCAUCUUCUUUAACUCCGCUUAAAUCUCUCUCUCUUUUUUUUAAUACUACUUGUUGUCUGAAUGCGCUCACUGUUUCACCGCACCACCCUACGCACCCCUCCUCCGGCUCAUUCCCUUAUCCAGAUGGCCACCGCCUCCUCUUCCUUUCUCCUCCCUUCCGUAUCUCUCAACAACCUCUCCUCCUCCAGAAAUGCCUCCUCUUCCCUCGGAUUCUCCACCAAGAAUCUCAACCGAUCUAAGGUUUCUAUGAGCGUCUCCGCCGGAUCUCAGAUCAAUGUCAACGACUCUCUGUUCGUUGAUUACAAACCCACCUCUGCUUUCCUCUUUCCCGGUCAGGGAGCUCAAGCAAUAGGGAUGGGCAAAGAGGCUCAGAGUGUUGCUGCAGCUUCUGACUUGUAUAACAAAGCUAACCAUAUCUUAGGGUAUGAUCUUCUUGAUAUAUGUGUUAAUGGACCAAAAGAGAAGCUUGAUUCCACUGUCAUCAGCCAGCCUGCUAUUUAUGUCACAAGUCUAGCAGCUGUUGAAUUACUCCGCGUCCGUGAAGGAGGCGAGCAGAUAAUUAACUCGGUUGAUGUUACAUGUGGUCUUAGCUUGGGAGAGUACACUGCUCUUGCAUUUGCUGGAGCCUUCAGCUUCGAGGAUGGGCUAAAGCUUGUAAAACUUAGAGGAGAAGCCAUGCAGGCUGCUGCGGAUGCUGCUAAGAGUGCCAUGGUUAGUAUCAUAGGAUUAGACUCUGAAAAAGUUCAGCAGUUGUGCGAUGCAGCAAAUCAAGAAGUAGAUGAAGCUGACAAAGUUCAGAUCGCAAACUACUUAUGUCCGGGCAAUUACGCAGUAUCUGGAGGUCUCAAGGGAAUCGAAGUUGUUGAAGCCAAAGCUAAGUCAUUCAAGGCUCGAAUGACGGUUCGUCUAGCUGUAGCAGGUGCUUUCCACACUAGUUUCAUGGAGCCAGCGGUGUCGAGACUAGAAGCUGCAUUGGAAGCAACGGAGAUCAGAAGUCCGAGGAUCCCAGUGAUCUCAAACGUCGAUGCACAGCCUCAUGCAGAUCCAGACACUAUCAAGAAGAUACUUGCACGCCAGGUGACAUCUCCAGUCCAAUGGGAGACAACGGUGAAGACUCUCUUAGCCAAAGGACUUAAAAGCAGCUAUGAAUUGGGACCUGGAAAGGUGAUUGCAGGGAUAUUCAAGAGAGUAGAUAAAACCGCCAGUGUCGAAAACAUCAGUGCUUGAGACACUCUGGCUACCCAGCUAGCUUUUUAUUUAUGUAUUUUGAGUUGAGGAUCUCUCUGGUGCUUGAGCAGUUUUGGAAUUUUAAUUUUUGUAUCGAAUAAUUAUGUCAGUUAACACCAUAUUUGUUGACAUAUAUCUUUUAUUUAAGUUCCAGUUUCA